AUGCCGCCAAGAAAAAAGAAGAAUCCCCCAGCACCUACACCUACGCCUACACCUGCUCAAUCAAGACCUGCAGCGCCAAAGAGGAAGCAACCGGUCAGUUGGGAAAAGGACGGUGUCGAUGGAUUUUCUAGCAUCCGAAUUUUGAUUGAAUGGCUUACCUCGGAUGGCAACUUCAAACGCUGGCGGGGCAAGAAAGGGAACGGCUUGAACAAAGAGGCCUUGGCCUCGGAGGUCGUUGCAUUAAUGGUCAGCCACGGGAUCCAUCAUCGGAACAACAAAGACAUACGCACCAAGAUCCAGGAACUUCAAGACAACUACAGUUCAGCAUGCAAUUGGCUUCGCAACACCGGGUCCGGUGUCCUAGAUGAAGACAUCGCAAAUGGAACUGAUAACGUGCGAGCUGCUGUCAUUAAGAGGUGUAAGUACUUCUACGACUUGGAUGAAGUCAUGCGCGAGCGAACCUGCGCUAUCCCCGAGGACAUUGUCGAUACCACUUCGGGUGACGUCCCAGAUAUAAUCAAUCCUCCAUCAGAGGGGCCCGAGGGGGUCUUGGAUCCCUUGAUAGAUUCAAUUGGUGAGGGAAACAAAGGUAGUGAUCAAGACGGUUCGGUGGCGGAUUCUGGCACCGCGGCCAAGUCAAACACCAAGGCUCCGUUCAAAUCAAAAAAACCGAAAAAAUCAACCUUACCGGCGGGCUUGGAAAAGGCAAUCCAGGACACAUCCGAUUACCGAGUCAAAUGUCUUCAGUCAAAAGAACGCCGGGAUGCAAAGCGAUUGAAAUUGGAACGGUGUCGUAUCCGAAUUGAAGAAAGCGAUGCUCAGGUUCGCCGGGUCCUAGCAGAGGCGGAGCAGGCAAAGUUGCGUAUCUCGUGCAUGAAGGAACUCAAGGAGUCUGGCUUUGGAGAUGAAGAUAUAUCCAAAUUUCUUCAACAGCAAUUUGGUCAAGGUCCGAGUCACCAAUCUGACAGCGAGAGCAGUGAUGAUGUAGAUACAGAUUAG